AGUAAAUGAAACUUCAGCGCAACCCUUCAGCAGCACAGCAUAUGGACACAACCAGCGAGCACAGCAGAGGAAGUUCAUCAGUCGAAGUAAUCAACAGAGAACAACAUGGCUACAGCCACCAGCCUCCUCUGUGAAGAUCAGUUUCUGUGUCCCAUCUGUCUGGAGGUGUUCACUGAUCCUGUCAGCACACCAUGUGGACACAACUUCUGCAAGAACUGCAUCACACAGCACUGGAGUGUUAAGGUCCAGUGUCAGUGUCCAAUGUGUAAUGAGGCUUUUAAAAGAAGACCUGAACUACGAGUCAAUACUUUCAUAUCAGAGAUGGUCGCUCAGUUCAGAAGUUCACUUCAAAUUAAAGCCAGCCUCAGCUCAGAGCCACAACAACAGGCCAACCAAGGAGAGGUUCUGUGUGAAAUCUGCACUGAGACCAAACUGAAGGCUCUCAAGUCCUGUCUGGUGUGUCUGACCUCCUACUGUGAGACUCACCUGGAGCCUCAUCGCAGAAUCAGAGGCCUGAAAAGACACAAGCUGAUCGAUCCGGUGGAGAACCUGGAGGACAGGAUGUGUAAGAAGCACAGCAGGCUUCUGGAGCUGUUCUGUAAGACUGACCAGAUGUGUGUUUGUCGGUCUUGUGCUGGGACAGAUCACAAGAGUCAUCACAUCACUGCUUUAGGAGAAGAAUAUGAGGGAAAAAAAGCUGAACUGUGGAUCAGUGGCAGUGAAAUUGAGCAGAUGAUCCAGGAGAGACGACUGAAGGUUGAGCAGAUCAAAGAGUCGGUGAAGCUGAGUAAGGAAGAUGCAGACAGAGAGACAGCAGCCGGUGUGCAGGUGUUCACUGCUCUGGUCCAGUCUGUAGAGAGAGGUCUGGCUCAGCUCAUUGACACCAUUGAAGAGAAGCAGAAAGCAACAGAGAGACAGGCUGAAGGCUUCAUCAAAGAGCUGGAAGAGGAAAUCUCUGAGCUGAUGAAGAGAAGCUCUGAGGUGGAGCAUCUCUCACACAAUGAAGACCACCUCUGCUUCCUCCAGAGCUACUCGUCAUCACUGAACACUGCUCCACCCACCAAAGACUGGACCGAGGUCAGAGUUCACUCAUCAUAUCAGGGGACUUUGAGGAGAGCUGUGGCUCAGCUGGAGGAGACCAUCAGUAAUGAGAUGAAGAAGCUGAGUGCUGAUGCUGAACUGAAGAGGGUCCAGCAGUUUGCAGUAGAUGUGACUCUUGAUCCUGAAACAGCAAAUAUCCAGCUCCUCCUGUCUGAUGAUGGAAAACAAGUCAACCAUCAAGACAUAGCACAGAAUCUUCCAGACAGUCCAAACAGAUUCUUGUGUUAUUCAGUUCUAGGAAAGCAGAGAUUCUCCUCAGGAAGAUUUUACUUCGAGGUUCAGGUUAAAGAGAAGACUGACUGGUAUGUAGGAGUGGCCAGAGAGUCCAUAGACAGAAAACUGAUAUACACAAUGACACCAAGGAAUGACCUCUGGGCGAUACGUUUGAAAAACGGAAAAGAGUAUACAUCUGUUGUCUCUGUAGUUGCUUUCUCUUCGGUUAGCCUGUUUCUAAAGUCCCAGCCUCAGAAGGUGGGGGUGUUUGUGGACUAUGAGGAGGGUCUGGUCUCUUUCUAUGACGUAGAUGCAGCAGCUCUCAUCUACUCCUUUACUGGCUGUAAUUUCAAUGAGGGACUCCACCCUUACUUCAACCCUUGUGAUAACAACAAUGGUAAAAACUCCACUCCUCUGAUCAUCUGUCCAGUCAGCAAACAGUUUACACACUAAUCACAGCAGGUGCCAUUGGGUAAUAAUGGUCUUAAGGACUGUGUGGAUGCACAAAAAAUAUCAUCAUUGUGAAAUGUCAUUUUAAUGCUUUUGUAACCCAAGUCCCAUGUAACUACCGUAUUUUCCAGACUAUAAGUCGCUCCGGAGUACAAGUCGCACCAGCCAUAAAAUGCAUAAUAAAGAAGGAAAAAACAUACAUAAGUCGCACUGGAGUAUAAGUCGCAUUUUUGGGGGAAAUUUAUUUCAUAAAAUCCAACACCAAGAACAGACAUGUCAUCUUGAAAGGCAAUUUAAAAUAAAAAUAGAAUAGAGGCAACAACAGGCUGAAUAAUUGUACAGUAUGCUUACGUUACAUGACACAACUGAGAACGUGCCUGGUAUGUUAACAUAACAUAUUAAGAGUUAUUCAGAUAACUAUAGCAUAAAUAACAUGCUAAGAAGUUUACCAAACCAUCGGUGUCACUCCAAAUAACUAAAAUCCAAUGAAAUCUUCAUCCUCUGUGUCACUUUUAAACAACUCCGCUAACUCCGGAGGUAGAAGAUGCGGCGCUUCCUCUUCUACGUCGCUUACGUCAGACUCAUCCUCAGUUGCAGUUCCAAUUAUUCCAGCCUUUCUGAAUCCUGACAUUUUUGUUGGGCCCUUCUCAGUUGUUUUUAAAAGUUACCGCCAAUGUUGAAAUUAUCAACACCGGCCUAGAGCGCCCUCUUGCAGUUUAGUGUGAAAAUAACAUGUGAAAUGAUAUACCGGUAAUAAUGUGUUAAUAAUUUCACACAUAAGUCGCUCCAGAGUAUAAGUCGCACCCCCGGCCAAACUAUGAAAAAAAAAACGCGACUUAUAGUCCAGAAAAUACGGUAGUUAAAAUUGACAAAUAAAAGGGGGUGUUGUAGUACAGUGGGACAGGGCCUGAGUUCGUCUGGAGCUACCUGUGAUAACUGUGAUAAUGAUAUAAAAUAACUUGGCGGUGCCUCCAAUAAAUUCUAAGAAGUAAACAGAAAGGUUGUACUUCCCCUUUAACAUAAAAGUUCUGUUAAUCUGUUUAUUUUAACUAAAAUAUCACGUUGGUAAUUACCACACAGAAUGUUAAGUUCAAAAGG